AUGGUUGUCCAGCGUCAUGUCCUCAACUGGCUAUACAGCGUCCUGACAAGUGAAUACCACGAUGUCAACCGCACUUACAACGACGUAGCCCAGGCCCUGUCCCAGUAUCCCUCACUAUCGCCUCGGACAGAUGUGCACACAUUCCCCAAUGGCAGCUCUGCCCUCCUCCUCCAUAUCUCCGGUACAAUACCAGUCAACUUUCGCGGCACCACAUACCGUUUCCCCAUAUCGAUAUGGGUCCCUCACGCAUACCCACGAGAGCCGCCUCUCGUAUACGUUACCCCAACCGAGACCAUGGUCGUGAGGCCAGGGCAGCACGUCGACCCUCAAGGACAAGUUUACCAUCCGUAUCUCGUUGGCUGGGCUGACUUCUGGGAUAAAUCCAACCUAUUUGACUUCUUGGGCGUACUACGAGAUGUCUUCGCAAAGGAACCUCCAGUUGUCGCAAGAGGCCAGGCGCAACAACGACCUCCCUCGGCCCAACCACAAGCCGCUCCCACCCCUCCACCCGUUCCUCCUCUGCCACAGGAGCUGUCUGCUCGACCACCGAGCUCCGUACAGUCGCCUCCCAUAACGAACGGCGGCCCUCGACCACCACCGCCGCCCCCAAAACCCAACCAGCAGCCUUCGAGAGCAGAAGGCCCUCCUCUACCUCCUUUGCCGCCAGGUGUGGAGCGUCCUGGGAGUCGUUAUGGCUCUCCCGCCUUGCAACAAUCACCACAAACGCAGCCGCAGCAGAAUAAUCGCAUGUCGAGAUACGAUAGUGCGCCUCCCCUUCCUCCUGUCCCUCAACAGCCACAUCAGCAGGGACCACCUCAAGGCUUCUCUCACGCUACUCCUCCUCAACCUCCUUUCCAAGGACAUCCGCUACAGGCUCAGUAUCAAGCUGGCGCGCCCCCCAUGCUGAUGUCUCUCGCCGAUCCGCGUCGAAUGUCAAGCCUGCCUCCGCAAACCCAGCAACAAUACGCUGGUCCUCCGCCAUUACAGCAAACAUGGCAACAAGGACCGGCACAGAAUAUACCUCCACCGCAACAGAAGCCCCCACCACCGCCUGAUCUGAUGGACGAGCCUCUGACCCUCAACAUUCCGUCGCCGUCUUCUGUGCCAGCACCGCCAAUACCCCCUAACCCCGAAAAGGACGCCCUCCUUCGCCAGCUUGGAGCGACUUUGUAUCAGAUGAGAGCCCGUACUCGCGAACAGAAUGACUCCAGCAUGCAAGGUCUUCAGGCACAGCGCACGGCCAUGUUGAAUGCCAUGAGCACAAUGCAAUCAGAGGUCGGCGCUCUGACGCAGCUGUCUAACUUGUUGCAAAACAACACAAACAUUUUGCGAGAUACCAUGCGUCGUGCGGAUGAGACUAUCGAGAACAGCAAGCGCCUUCCCGAGCCAGAUAUCGAUCAGCUGCUUGUCGCACCAACAGUCGUCGGGAACCAACUAUACGAACUGGUGGCUGAGGAGCGUGCGCUGGCUGAUGCCAUUUUCGUUCUUGGACGAGCUGUGGAGAGAGGACGGGUUGCGCCAGCUGUAUUCGCCAAGACAACGAGGAGCUUGGCCAGAGAAUGGUAUCUCAAGAAGGCGCUUGUCAAAAAGAUCGGCCACGGAAUGGGACUUCACUCGGCUGUUUAG